GGUUAGUUUGUUAGAUCCCAUUCAUACAAAUACAAAUUCAGCAUCAACCCAGCCUACCCUACUGCCAUCUAUUGACAAAAAAUUAUACUACGCGAUACCAGACCUGUUCCGUCUGUAUUGACGAUGCAUUUGUGAAUGAUUACAGUAAAAUGAGCGAACAUGAAACUGCAGAAUUAUUAAUAGGUCGGCAUAUAUAGUGCGAAAAGCGGAGAAGUCAUCAGUCGUCAAUUUCUUCUAAGGAAACUGUGAGUGUGAGCACGUGCAGCGUGUGAUACUAAAGUAUUUAUUUAGUGAAAAAAAUGUCACCCAUUCGAGCUUUAUUAUAUACCUAUAAUCUCAACAGAAUGUGGAGGUGUAGCAAAUGUUUCAGGACUACAGGAAUAUCUAACAUUAAAGAUGGCCAUGGUUCAAGGUUCUUUUGUAGUGAUAAAGAAAGCACUGGCUCAGUGCAUGUGAAUCUUAAUUCAAACACAGGUGUUGCUACUCUUACAAUGAAUAAUCACCCAGUCAACGCUCUAAACACAGAAUUCAUGCAGUCUGUAAGUGAGGCAUUAAAAGAACUGCAAAAUGAUGAAGUUUGCAGAGCUGUAAUACUUACUUCAGGUAUCCCAAAAAUAUUUAGUUCUGGACUAGAUUUAAAUGAGAUGUAUCAACCUGAUGCUGAGAAACUACGGGAAUUCUGGAUAACUUUUCAAGAAAUGUGGAUGAGAUUAUAUGCUUUUCCCAAAACAACCAUGGCUGCUAUAACAGGCCAUUCUCCUGCUGCAGGGGCUGUGAUAGCCAUGAGCUGUGAUUAUAGAGUGAUGGCAGAAAAUUACAAUAUAGGACUAACAGUAACUAGAUUGGGUAUUCCAGCACCAUCUUGGAUUGCGAAACUGUAUGUCCAGAUCCUGGGCUGGAGGAAGGCAGAACAGGCCUUGCUGGAAGGGAAACUUUUUACUGCUGAAGAAGCUUUAACAGUAGGUCUUGUUGACCAAGUGGUGCCUCUAAAGGAUGUUAUUCCAACUGUAGAAAAAGAAUUGGAAGAGUGGUUGAAAGUGUCAGAUACUGCCAGAAGUUUUACAAAGGAGCAAAUGAGAAGGAAUCACUGGAUGAGACUUAAACAAACACAAGAAUCUGAUAUUCAGUCAAAUGUGGCUUUAUUAAGUUUGAAGCCAGUACAGAAGCAUAUAGGAGAAUAUAUAUCAAAGCUAAAAUCAAGAGAGAAAUAAUGUCUUUGAAUAUAUUUUAU